CCUUUCUGCGCGUGCCCGAGGAGCCUGCCCAGGUGCUUGGACGAACAGGCCGGUGCACUGAUCGCGUCCACCCAGCAGCAGGGACCAAGCACAGGCUCAUCCUUGAAUCCUACCCAAACGCGCUCCUGUGCUUUGUUGCGCCCAGAGCGCAGGAUAUCCAAACACUGCACCUGCCGGCGACCUCAACCCAGCGGGAGAGGUGGACAUGAGGUUGGCAGGACCCCUCCGCAUCGUGGCCCUGGUUGUCACCGUGGGCCUCACCUGGAUUGUGGUCAGCAUUCUCCUGGGCCGGCCUGGCGCUGGCUUUCCUCGCAUCCAGCAGCUCUUCACUAGCCCAGAGAACUCAGCGACUGCGGAGCCACGAGCCAGGAAAUACAAAUGCGGCCUGCCCCAGCCGUGUCCCGAGGAGCACCUGGCCUUCCGCAUGGUCAGCGGGGCCGCCAAUGUCAUCGGACCAAAGAUCUGCCUUGAAGAUAAGAUGCUCAUGAGCAGCGUCAAGGACAAUGUGGGCCGUGGACUGAACAUCGCCCUGGUGAACGGGGUCAGCGGUGAGCUCAUCGAAGCCCGGGCCUUUGACAUGUGGGCAGGAGAUGUCAACGAUCUGCUGAAGUUUAUUCGGCCUCUGCACGAAGGUACCCUGGUGUUUGUGGCAUCAUACGACGACCCAGCCACCAAGAUGAACGAGGAGACCAGGAAGCUUUUCAGUGAUCUGGGCAGCAAGAAUGUGAAGGACCUAGCCUUCCGGGACAGCUGGGUGUUUGUGGGGGCCAAGGGCGUGCAGAACAAGAGCCCCUUUGAGCAGCACGUGAAGAACAGCAAGCACACCAAUAAGUACGAAGGCUGGCCCGCGGCGCUGGAGAUGGAAGGCUGCAUUCCCAGGAGGACCACGGCCAGCUAGCCGGCCGGGCGCAGGGCCCGGGCCGAGGGGGCUGCACAUGCCCGGCCAGGACAAGGUGCUGGCGGCGCCGGCGCAGGGCCGAGGCCUGACCCUGUGUCCGGCCAGGAAUGCUCUCUUGCCCCAACACUUCAGGGCUCCGGGGCGGAGAUUGGGGACCAGCUGUGACCCGUGGCGGGGACCGCGGCAGGGCCGGCCGCCCCUGUCGGGGGAAGCCAGGCACCCAUCUCCUUCUCUUUGUAAAGCUGCCUCCCCUGGUCAGCCCCGCCAGAUUCCCAGGCACCCGCAGCCGCGAGGACGCCGGGCGCUCGGCAGCUGUGCAGCAGGCCGGGGCAUCUUCCAGGAGCUCUGCGUCCCAGAGCCGCUUGCUGCUCUUUGGGCCAAUCCUGUUUCCAGGGUGACUCCUUCAGAGGAGCCACACCUGGCUGCCUCCUGCCUCGCCCUCCGCGGGAAGGGACCUUGUGGGAGCCAGGCUCGCGGGGGCACGGAAGUAGCCUGAUGACCGUCCCUGGCGUGGCCGAGGGCAGCUCCCGUGCUUUGUCGGGGGCCCGCCCUCCAGAUGACCUCUCAAUAAAUUAGUGGCCCCCAGUGGAA